GAUAAAUGAAACAGGGCGGAUUAAGAGUACCGGGCGUCUAUCCUCCUCAGCCACGCCUGGACCGCAUGAAGGAGCAGAGGGACGCUUGUUGGACACCAGUUAAAGUAAAACCAGGCUGUUUUUGAAACGUUUGCAACUUGUUGUUUAGCGGACAAGAAGCGACGUGGUGAAGGGCACGGGAACAAAACACGGACCUCGCUCACCUACAGUGCCUGCAGCUGGAAAAACAGGUGAGUGUUGGAGGCAGAGAGUGAAGGGCUGGAACUAGAAAUUGACCUUUAAGGUGGUUUAUGGAUAGUUUAUGUCGCGAGGAGAGUUUGGUUUGCAUAAGAUGAGAGGAACGCCGCGCGCUCGGCCAGGUGUUGUCAUCAGGAGCUCUUUAAUUUCGCGCAUGCUCACUUGACCCCAGUGUUUGAUUAAUAGAAUUAGUAGUUUUUGAUCUAACCCUUGAAUUAGACUUGUUGAGGCAGUGCUGUGAAAGAAGCGCGUCUGAAACCUCUCACUUCUCUUUCUGGUGCAAACAUGACAACCUCCAGUGAAACCAGUAAAGUCAACCACUUCAAUAAAAGGUUGAUACAGUCAUGUUUAAUUCAGAGAGGGGAUAAUUAGAUUAGAUUCAACUUUAUUGUCAUUGAACACAGAACAGGUACAGAACUAAACGAAAUGUAGUUUAACAUCUAAUCAGAAGUGCAAGGUAGUAAAGUGCAAAGUAUGUACAUAUGGGCAGUGCAGGUAUGAGCUGAAUACACUAUAUAUAUAUAUGCAUAUAAAAAAAUAAUAAGAGAUAAUGAAUUUGUGUAUUGACAUGCAGAAAAAACAGACCUUUUCUUAGGUGUGAAAAUGUAUGUUUCAUCUGGACUAGUCAGGUUUGAGCUUGUGUUUCUAAUAUGUACCUGUUGUGAAGUUUGUGCUACUUUCUGUCUGGUGGUUUUCAUGACAUGAUCCUUUUUUUUCUGAACACACCCUGCUGCUGCUGCUGCUGUGUGUGUGUGUGUGUUUCUGCCCUCAGGCUACAGAAUAAUCAUGCAGCAGUCACCAAAGAAAGAGGAUCUGGUUUUGUGUGCAGUCUGGUGUCACACUCAGAAACAGUCUUUCGGAGACAGUUAAAGUUAUUUACAUAAUGACUCAGUGAUCAAAAACCCGACUCUUCCUCUUUUUGGGUUCAGCCCAGAAAGUGAGCGGCACUCACACAUCUGGAGCCAUAAAAGGUCAUUUCAGGUGUGCACGCAUAAGGUGAAAAACAUCGAUCCGAAAUGUUAAAAAUGAAGACGUCCUAGUUUUCCAGCAUGCCUCACAUCGUCAGUAAACAUACAAAUUAACUUUUAACUCAAAAACACUUUGGCCGCAUUUUCCAGUGCCACCAAAUUGUUGAACUCGCCACGCUUAUAAGAAGAAACAGACCGGAGGUGAAGGUGUGUGUGUCUGUGAGUGUGUGAGUGAGUGUUGGAUAAGAGCUACAGAGGCCUGGAUAAAAAGGGAGAUUGACAGGCUGCCAAAAGCAGGAGAAACCAGUGAAAAGAUGCAGGAGCAGACAGCUUGAACAGGUCUUUGUAGACAAUAGGAGUCGAGGUGUGGCAUCUGAAUAAUUCUGCAUUAGACAUGGAUAAAGUAGUCUUUAUUUACUGCUGGGGGAACUAUUCUAAUCAGACAAUAUCAGACUAAGUACUGAAAAGAAAAGGAGAUGAACGCAGAGGUAUCUCUUUGUCAUUUUUGAACCACAAUGUGUCAACAUAUGUGGACUUUGCGUUUGUGCAACUUCCUGAGGAAGUUAGCCCAUGGAUGGCAUCAGCACUGAGGCUGAAUGCAUGUGAAUGUCACAAGUUUUCACGUUACUUUUGCCUAAUUGGUUCUCAAGUUUGAGUAUAUUAUUGUUCUACUUAUCAGACUGAACUGUAACACGCCUUGACACAUCUCUGGCAUCGCGGGAGGCUCCAGUUUCGCUGUUUGGAAGCAUUUUAGUGCAACAUGAUUAAAGUAGAAGAGUUGCCGCUGUGUUCCUCUUCCUCCCCCCACUUAUCUUUGAGAGUCUGAGCACAUAAUGAACUUAAGAGGGACACAGAUGACACCUUGUGCACCGAUCCCUUUAUCCCUUGCUCUGUAAACACACACUUGCAUACAAACACACUGUGGCCUCUGCUGCUCCAGACAAAUAUCCGUCCUUUCCUGGGGAGAGGAGCUGCUCUGAGCUGAUGCUGUGAAAAAUGUAGUCAUAUAUAAACCAGUAAAUGAAACGAAAAAAAUCUAUCUUUUGGUUACUUACUUUACUUUCUGUCCUUUUGAUUAAACAAUUUAGAUUUUUUAAAAGUUAUUUUCAGUCAUCAAUAAAGAGACGCACAGAUCAACUUAUCUAAGCCCUCGAGCGACGAUUUCACAUCUCUUGGCCAAGACUGUCAAAAUAAAAAUGAAUUACACCACCUAGUCUCCAUUGCAGCCAUUGUUAUAUCUCAUAACUUAUCUUUUUGAUUUUGAUAGAACUUAAUAAAUCUAAGAUAAGAAAGUGAGACUGCGUUUAAAAAGAACGGAUCCUGUUAACAUUCGAUAAGUUCAACAUGAAGCAGAAUCAAGGUGAUGAGCUGAUGGAUUUCAUCUUCCUGAGGGUAUUUUCACCUUUUCUGUGGAGGCAGUGAAUCUUUCUCCAGGGUGCGGUUGGGGAAUAAUGACAUUUCUCUCCCUGCCCAAACUUGUUCCCUACAUUCCUUCCUGCAACUCUGACUGCGGCGCAUCUUCAUCCCUCACUUUUACAUAACUCCACCGCCACGGGCCUUCCUGCACGGAGCCACUCUCACUGUCCUUGAAGCAGAGUCAGAUGUAAUACCUGCACAUUUCCUAACCUUUAGCGGAAAUUGCAAAUGCGUAGAUAGUGUUUGUUGAUAAUGACGGGUGGGAGAGGAAGUGAGGAAUUUGUGGAAUUCUGGGUAAUGAGCUGGCGAGGAAGGAAUGUGUGUCAGAGCGAGAAUGAAGGGCAGACAGGUAGAGGAGAUGUGGAGAGUGAGAGUCGAUCUGCAGACUGGUUAAAUGAUUUGUCUGUCUGUGUUUAGCCUCAGGUCAUGAAUACACAAGCAAAAAAAAAGUUAACUUCAAACAGGUUCAACCAGACGGGAUUUUUCUUCUCAACGCUGAAGUCAUGAAACAUUUGAAUUGAUAAUGCACAGUUACGUUUAAAGGUCAUAGAGAAGGGGGAAUUCAUGCUGGUGGUAAUAAUACGAUGAGCCAACAUGAAACAACAGCUGCUGAGGUGCUAAUGUGUCCUGACUUGUGCGGCACCUCAUGUUACCUCCUGACAGUGCAGAACAUCUCAUGACUUUAACGAGUGUUUGCGGGUUCAUGUCGGCACACUCAGCUACUCAUUUAUAUGAAAACACUGUGCAUCAGAUCCAAAACUCAAACUGAACACACCUAUCGUCAUACUAGAUGAGUGAGGGAUUACAUUUCUAUGCUAACACUAUAUACUACUUCCUGUACAGUGAGGGUUAUCAUUUUCUCUCAUACAGAUUUAAAGAUUUGAACAAACAUCUCUUUAGGAAUAAGCUUAAAACACUGAAAUUCAUGUCAGUGAGACUAUUAGAGGAUCAAAAGGAGUUUUUAAAGGUUAGAGGCAGUAAUUUGUUAAAUCAUUUUUAGUUUUUAAAUUUAGAGAAGGAAGUUUGAUGUUGAAGUUUGUUAAUAAACUAAGAAAUUGGCAACCAGAUGAGUUAAAGGUUCCUACGCACGUACGCAAAGUAUGGAAAAGUAUGGAAGUAGUUGGAUCAAUUUCCAGGUCUUAAAAAGUAUGAUAGAUGGGAAAUAAAGAGUGGGAAAAUAUCUGUUUCCAGACUAUUACCACCGUUCUAAAAUACUGUUUUCUAAAAAUAGAAAAGAAGGUAUUUCCAAUAAUAAUUCUAAAAAGUAGGAUAUGGAAAAGUAUGGAAUUCCAACUGUGUAGGAACCCUGCUAGUAUGUAACUUCAUAGAGAGGGUGUCUCAAAUGUUUGCUGGGACUUGGAUUUAUUGUGAUGUUAGUUUUUUUGUUUCUUAAAGUAAAUGAACUUUAUGUGGGUGUUUUUUUUUUUAGAUUUUUAACGGUCAGUGUCGGCUGUUUCAUGUCAUUUUGUAGCCCCUCUGCUUAGGGCUGGGCGAUAUGGCCUCAAAUCAAUAUCACGAUACAUUGAGCAGUUCACCUCGAUAACGAUAAAUGGACGAUAACGACUCCACAAGCUGCUCACCCCCUCCCACAUUAACUUCGUCUACUUCAGCCGCUGCUCCAGCCGCUACAACUUUUGAACCGUCCUCCAUCUCCUCACCUGUCUUUCCCUCUUUGUUACGGACUGGAUGGGGUGGCGUCACCACACGUCUCUGAUGUAGGACAGCGUCUUAAAGGGACAUGAGACCAUAGCCUACCUACACACACCCAAAACCAACUUUUAUUUAUUUAUUUAUUUGACACCGAAUAUAUUGAUAUGGGCAAAAUGACGUCACUUAUUGUUGUAAUUUCGGUAGCGGUAAAUUUUUGGUUUAUCGCCCAGCCCUACUUCUGCUAAUAAUUGAAUACAGAACAGUUUUCAGAAAUGAUACAUUUUUAAAGAGUCUGUUAAAAGAAGUGUUGUAUGAAAUCACGAAAAAUCGAUGCAAGAAUUAGGUGGGGAAAAUUUAAAUGAGGAAAAAUGAUUUGAAGCUGUCUUUGUUUUAUUUAUGGUGCAGUUUUUACCAUCUGCACAAAAGUGAUAAAUUCAGACCUCCUGUAAUGACGACUCCGUAUUAAAUAUAAGUAUAUUUUGAAAGGGCUCAAUAUGACUCCUUGUCACAUGUUUCCACCUCUGUGUGACUUUUUUUGUCUUCUUAUAUCUGUCCUUGGCUCAUGUUUUUAUUGGUAUGCUUGUUUUACAGCUAACAUGACGGAAGCGGACAAGUUCCUAUAUGGGGACCGUGGGGUCAACAACCCUCUGGCCCAGGCUGACUGGUCCACCAAGAAGCUGGUGUGGAUCCCCUCAGAGAAGCUGGGCUUUGAGGCCGGCUCUGUCAAAGAGGAGCAGGGAGAUGAGUGUGUGGUGGAGCUGGCCGACUCUGGCAAGAAGGUAAAAGUCAAGAAUUUGCUCUUCUGUUGGUGUCACAAUGUCCGUCUUUUUUAUUUAUGAAAUGUAAAUAGACGAUGUACGAUAUAUUUAUGAAAUGAAAUAUUAAAUGUCGUCAUUGUGAAUCUUAGGUGAAGGUAAACAAGGAUGACAUUCAGAAGAUGAAUCCACCCAAGUUCAACAAGGUGGAGGACAUGGCAGAGCUCACCUGCCUGAACGAGGCCUCGGUGCUGCACAACCUCAAAGAGAGAUACUACUCUGGACUCAUCUAUGUCAGUCUGCGUCUACACUUCUACACAGACACCAUACAUUAAUGUCUAUUUCAUCCAUCCAGUGUCUUGACAGUAAAUAUCCUGUCUCACUCAGACAUACUCCGGCCUCUUCUGCGUGGUGGUCAACCCAUACAAGUACUUUCCCAUCUACAGUGAGGACAUAGUGAACAUGUACAAAGGGAAGAAGAGGCACGAGAUGCCGCCUCACAUCUACGCCAUCACAGACACGGCCUACAGGAGCAUGAUGCAGGGUACCAAUCAUGGAUUAUUGUAGAGGGAAAAUCAUUAGACAUUAUUUGCUGCAGUAGAUAUACAUUAUGUAACUGCACACGUACUUUUAAGGCUGUAGGAAAGGACAAAUUGUUUCACACCUGCAAAGACGUGAAACCAAAGAAGCUACACAAGAAGUCACAUUUUCUAUCAUACUGCUUGCUUUUGUACUUCUCAGGUGUUUGGAUUUUUUCUCCUUUAUUUCCUGUUUUAAGAUCUUUCUAAUUAACUUUUGUUUUUUUUCCUCUCAGACCGUGAAGACCAGGCCAUUCUUUGCACGUAAGUUGCAGGCUUUGUGAGUUCAGAAAUCAAUCUUGCUUAUUCAAGUCAGGAGAAAAUUUGUUGUUCUGGGUGUUAUUGAAAGAGGAGGUGUUAUGGUUUUUUUUUCCAUAUUUUACGAACAAUAUUUAGUUUGAAGUAUUGGAUAUCAGAAAUAUCCAACGUUUUUAAGGUUUAAUUUGGGGUCCAAUUUAUGUGUCCUUAAUUCAUAAUUUGUCAUUUUCAAUAGAGAAACACCGGUUAACUCACUGACAUCAACUUUAUAGCAUGGCGUCAGUAGCUGUGUUUACAUGGGCACAAAUAAUCGGAAUAAACGCCCGAUCUGAACAAAAAAUUGGUCAUUUUAACAAGUCGAUCGGAAGAUUCUGAUCCAGUUCGGCUCAAACGGAAAGAAAUUUUAUUCCGAUGAAGAGGGGUGGUUUAUACUGAAAUGCAUCCAUGUAAAUAUUUAUUCCGAUAAUGACUCUCUUACCUGACUCGAUCUUCACUCCUGAGCCUUUGGCUUAUUUAUUGAGGUCAGUUCAGGAGGUUUCAUUAUUAACACUCUGGCAUAAAACACAACCACAGGAGCUGUGUCUGCUCCUCCAGUAACAUAACAAGGCGUACAAACAGCGUAAUGAUGUCACAUCUGCACAUACAGCACAACCUUUGACAGGACAGUAAAAUAAGUACACAAAGGCGCCAUCUAGUGACAACAUUUAACAGGGAAAAUACUCUUGAAUCGGAUGGAGUGAGCGACUGCCAUGUUUGUUGGUUAGUUGACAGCACAGGCCAGAGAUGGGAAUUGUGGAGUCACCAAGUCAUCUCCAUGCCAUGUAUUUGUUCUGCUCUGUCACUGAACCAGCUGCUUCCAAUGAGCUGCCAGGACGGUGAGCUCAUUAGUGAAGGCACCUGGUUCAGUAACUGAGCAGAACAAAUACAUGGCAUGGAGACGACUUGGUGACUCCACAAUCCCCAUCUCUGGCACAGACAUAAAUACAACUCUUCUUCUGUGGUUGUUUUAGCAAAAUCAGACAACUCUGCACAUGUCCAAAUGCUUCUAAUCUGAAUAAAGCUCGGUGCAUGUAUACGCACUUCAUGACCAGAUUAUUUGAUUUUGCACCCAUAUAGACAGUGGAUUCAGAUUAUCCGAUCCCUCAAAUUUUUUAUUGGAUUAAGAAAUUUUGCAAACAUGUAAACACGGCUAUUGAUGGGAGCCUCUGGAGAACUGGGUCCAGGAGUGUUUUUGGGCUUCAAAGAGACAGUAGCUGAAGUGUAGCAUUUCAGGCAGAGAAUGAAAUGAGUUAGAAAGAAACCUAUCUUAGAGAAGUUAUGAAUUUUUUUUAGCUCUUGGUUGUUUAGAGCUACAAACAAAAGUACAUAAGGACAGUUUACAGCCCAAAAAUGAGCUUAAUACCUCCUCCUUAGGGUGCUGCUUUAAAACCCCUGAAGUUUAGUGAAUUUCCCUUGUGAUGAUGGUAAAAUCAGUCUUGUAAAUUUUGUACAUGCUGUCUAUUUUUUUUUACAGUGGGGAAUCGGGAGCAGGAAAAACAGAAAACACCAAGAAAGUCAUCCAGUAUCUUGCUUACAUUGCCUCAUCUCAUAAAUCCAAGAAAGAUCAGGUCAGUCUGCUUCUUUCUCUCUGCAAUAUCUGAAAGUUCUUCAGGAGAUACUGAAGUAUAAUGAUCGACACCGACUCCCUUUUGUGGUUUUUCUAAACUUCUUUUUCCACAUUAUCCCCUCUCUUUAAUAUCAUUUACCUGAGCGAGCUGUGCAGCAACUACUGCACAUUCCUCCCUCACAGGUCUGGACGUGCCCACCUCACCCCUGUGUGGUCACUGGAAGUAGAGCGGAGUGCAGAUGUUGAAUGAGUGUCUGUUCUUGUACUGUGACAUGUUUGAUAAAUGGUUUCCUUUGCAGUCUUUUUUUUACCAGUUGGUAUCAAAUGUGAUGAACUCUCUUUUCUCACCUCUCUAGGGCAGUGCAGUUUUAUCACAUGUGAGUUCAUCUCUCUGCCUCCAUCUGCAUGUAUUCAAGCAUUUCUGCAUCUGUAACACUCUACUAACCCGAUAACACUGAUGUGGUGUCUUUGUGUGUCUUUGAAAGAAGUGCAGAAAUCAGUCUCAUACAGGCCCACAGUCGUUGCUGCUAAAGCUUUUUUUUUUUUUACUGUUACAAUAAGAUUUUAAAAAAUAUAGGGUUGAUGUCAUUUUUUUUGCAGUUUAAGUUAGCGUAGAUCAAAUCAUCAGUCUGUCUGCGAGUCCAAGCCAAUUUGAUCCAGCUUUUGUUAGCUCACAGAUAUCAGGGUUGUGACAGAUGUAAAGAAAAAUGUUAUUAAGGAGAUCAUCCAAAAUUUCUACCUCCUAAAAGAUAAAAAUAUCAACUCUUCCUAAAACAGAUGGUUUGGUUAGCUUAGCGUAGCAUUACAGCUGGAAGUAAGUGGGCAGGAUAGCCUAAUCAUAUCUUAAAGGGAUAUUCCAGCGUAAAAUUAAUUUAGGGUCAAACACACAGUAACACCGAGUUAGACACCCCCUCGAGAGAUGAAUGUUUCCGACCGCUUGAUUCUCUAGUUAUACCAACUUUAGUAGCAACCCCAGGACAGCAAUACACAGCGGUCUGAGGAGCCAUGAACAAACCUCAACCGAAAAGCCACUCUAUAGCCACAGAUAAUGCUCAGAACGGCACCUAACUUCAUCAACAGUACAUAUAGGGUCCUAGCCACACCACUAACCACCAAACAUCUUUUUAACCGCUUGUUUGUAGCGAGACCUCAGGCCAGUCCAUUACAGACUACAGCGGAGUUUCACAGCUCAAGGAAGAACAUUUAUGAUCAUUCCUUUAUCAUUUCCUUGAAGUAAUAAUCACCAUAUUAAUCAUUUUGCACUGCAGACACGGUAGUUCUUCUGCCUUAGCGUCUCAGCCUGAUUGCAUUUCCGCGAAGAAAUGAUCAUAAAUGUUCUUCCUUGAGCUGCGACACCCCACUGUAGUUCGUAAUGGACUGGCCUGAGGUCUCGCUACAAACAAACGGCUGCUGGAGGAGAGUAGGUGAGUUGUGUUUAGUCUCUUUGCUAAAGAAAUCAGGCAAAGUUAAAAAGAUGUUUGGUGGCUAGUGCUGUGGCUGGGACACUAUAUGUACUGUUGAUGAAGCUAGGUACUGUUUUGAGCAUUAUUUGUGGCUAUAGAGUGGCGUUUUGGUUGAGGUUUGUUUAAGGCUCCUCAGACCGUUGUGUAUCUCUAUCAUGCGGUCAUUACUAAAGUUGGUAUACCUAGAGAAGCAAGCGGUCGGCAACAUUUAUCUCUCGAGGAGGUGUCUAACUUGGUGUUAUGGUGUGUUUGACCCUAAAUUAAUUUUAUGCUGGAAUAUCUCUUUAAGCAUCCAGAUCUUUCUAUCAGUACCGUACUAAAUGACAAUGUUGGAUUGGUAUCUUCUAUCUCAUCAAGCCCCUGGUUAAGUAAGCAGAUAAACAUAUAAGUGAAAAAGCCUACCUCCAAUUUAUAUAAGUGACCAGCAUGACACAGAAAAUUAAAAACAGCCCAUAGGAGUCAUUUCUUCUUUAGUUUUCAAAGCUGUAUUCAGUGAAACCGUCCCACCCCACCCAGCAGCUAUCCGAUGCUCGUCAGUCUGGAUUUUGUCAUUGUCACGUGAAGGUUCGCUGGUUUUUGGGGUGUCACUGUGAACUCUAUGAUUUCCUUUGGGGGACUUUUUCUCACUGGCCUGUGUGCUUCUUGUGUUUUCAUGUUUGUGUCUGCAUGGACUGGGUGUUAAUACCUGAGUGGGCUUGCUGUGCUGCGGGGAUGUUGGAAUGUGCAGGGUUCAGUGUUUAUUGUUUUGUGUAUGUGUGUGCAGUCGACUUGGCAAUGAUAACGUACCCUUAGGUUCUUUUGUAAAACACACAGCCUGAAUUCUUAGUACGGACAAGUUAACGCACAUCGCUCAGGUUUGAACCAGUCAUUAAAAGAUCUGAAGCGCUGCAAGAAAUUGCAUGAUUUAAUGUUGUGAAGGCUGUGAUGGGGUGUUGUCAGAGACGGUAGUUUGCUCUUACACUUUGUCUUCUCUGUCAGGGAGAACUGGAGAAACAGCUGCUGCAAGCUAACCCCAUCCUGGAGGCUUUUGGCAACGCAAAGACCGUCAAAAACGACAACUCCUCAAGAUUUGUAAGAGCGACUUUGAGCCCCUGAUUUAAAGUAUUAAACAGCAAAUAUAUUUGUAACUUGUAAGCACAGUAAUCAUAGUGAGGAAUCGAUCGCCAAAGUUUUAUAUAACUCUUAAUUUGUUUUUCUUUGCAGGGAAAAUUCAUCAGGAUCAACUUUGAUGUCAACGGGUACAUUGUUGGAGCCAAUAUUGAGACUUGUAUCCUUUCAAGAGAAAGUGUUUUUUUCUCAGUACUUACAUUUACAGCGGGUGAUGCCCCAGGCCCUCAAAAGAGCAAAAGGUGAAAGCAACUAAAGAAUGCCUUUCAUGCUAUAAUAACCUGCUGCCCGAGGGUCUGCUGUCAGUUUUGUUUGUCGUGAUUUGACUCAGCAAGUUUGUAUAUGAAUAUACCUAAACCAUGACGGCAUAACACUACGUGACUCUGAACUGUUUAAAUCACGGGCAGUGUGAGGAGACACAUGAUCGUACAGAAGUGUGUAACAUCAGACAUCAUGCUGUUGAUGAUCCUUUUGUAGGAGAAUGAGGAACCCUAUUAAGGAUCAUUCAGCCUCAACCAAAGAUAAGAUGAAAUACACUCUAUUGACCCCUUAUUGGGAAAAUUUACUUUUAACAAUACAAUACUAAACAGUAACAGUACACUAGGGCUGUAAUCAACCAAAAAAAUUGUAACUUACUUUGUAAUGUCAAAGUAUGACACUAAGAAUUAGGUGAUAUAAAUAUAUGAGGUAAAAAUCGGGAUACAUCAGCGUAUAUUUAUACAGUGGAUACCUGUAUAUGUAUAAAAAGGGAGAUUUGAAAGCAUCAAUAUAGCAGAUAUUUUCACAUUCAUUAUUUUAAUAGUACAGAAAUAUAAGUUAAUAUACUAUUUGUGUGAAUAUGAAUAAUUUCAACCUGAAAAAACAUAGGGUCGUAUUAUUUUCUCGUAUUUGUCCUUGACUGAAAAUUUUCUAGAUCUGCUGGAGAAGUCUCGAGCCAUCCGACAAGCCAAAGAUGAAAGAAGCUUCCACGUCUUUUACUAUUUACUGACGGGAGCAGGAGACAAGAUGCGCUGUGAGACUUUCUGAAUCAUAAAUAUAUCCGACUGAGCUCCAUGAAUGAAAGCAGCAGGAUAUAAAUGGCAGAUUUUUCCAUGAUAGACUGGGAUAAAACUGUUAAGACUAAUUAGACUUUUAUGAUACUUACAAUAAUUCAGUUAUUUCUCUAGCAUGUUCAGUAUCAUAGAUUAUAAUUAACUAAGACUUCCAGGCUGAAAAAGACAUAAAACUUUGAAAUGAUCUCUUUUCUUUUCAUCUCCAGCUGAAUUGUGCCUGGAGGAUUACAGCAAGUAUCGUUUCCUGUCCAAUGGACAUGUGACGAUUCCCGGCCAGCAGGACAAGGACAUGUACACUGAGACUAUGGACGCUUUUCAGAUCAUGGGUGUUCCAGAGGAAGAAAGAGUUGGUAACUAUCGCAUUAUAUUUUAAGUAUUUAAAAAGGUUUAUUUAUUUGUUUGUUUGUUUGUUUGUAGAUUUAUGGAAAUAUAUAUUUCAAUGUAAUUUGUAGAUUCAGAGAAUGGACUCGACAACAAUUUUCAACAGUAUUUAGCUGUAUUAUUUAUUAUUCUUUACAUCGGAGGAGCUGGAACUUUAGAUUAUUUGCAGCUCUGCUUAUUUAAGUUUGGAUUUAUGCAAUAAAGUGAAUGUUUUGAGUGUCAAAUGUUGCCCUACAGUGACCUCUGUUUGUUUGUCAGGUCUGUUGAAGGUGGUGUCAGCCGUGCUGCAGUUGGGAAACAUGACAUUUAAGAAGGAGCGUCACUCUGAUCAGGCCUCCAUGCCAGACAACACUGGUACAUACAUUACAUUCAUUUUGUUACUUUAACAUUGUUAACAUAGAUUCUUCAUCACAUGCUGUCCAUCUAGUCUGAUUUUCUCAAGUCUUCCCAAUAGUCCAAGAUCCUUGUUUUGAUCCUCUAAUAUGAAACCUUGUAUUUCACCCCCAGCUGCCCAGAAAGUGUGUCACCUGCUGAGCAUCAAUGUGACCGACUUCACACGAGCCAUCUUGUCCCCCAGAAUCAAGGUCUGAGAUCGAUCCAUGAAAUGCUCUUAGCUUAGUAUGGAAGUAAUUUGAUCAAUUUUCAGGCCUUAAAAAGUAUGGUAAUUGAAAAAUAAAGUAUGGCAAAAUAUCUCUGUUUCCAAACUAUUACCACAGUGGAAAAAAAAGUUGUUUUCUAAAAUAGAAAAGUAGGUAUUUCCAAAAAUAAUUGUAUGGAAAUUCCAACUGUGUAGGAACCCUGCUUAAAGGUACAGUGUGUGUUGCUUAAUAAGUAUGACACUCCAUUUGUCAAGCCUAUAAAAACAAAAAAAGUCCAAAUUCCUCUGCGCACGACAACUACUCCCUUCUUCUUUGCCCUCUGAAUGGUGCGUUGUAUACACUCCAUGCAGCUAUAUUCUAUCAUUAACAUUUGAUUGCUUUGGUCUUGCAGGUUGGCAGAGACUACGUGCAGAAGGCCCAGACCCAGGAGCAGGCAGAGUUUGCGGUUGAGGCCCUGGCUAAAGCCUCUUAUGAGAGGAUGUUCCGCUGGCUGGUGAUGCGAAUCAAUAAAGCUCUGGACAAGACAAAGAGGCAGGGGGCCUCCUUCAUCGGCAUCCUUGACAUUGCUGGAUUUGAGAUCUUUGAGGUGAGCAUUUAAAGUCUAGACAAAUGACAGCUUUGUGUUAUAACUGUAGUUUUUUUUACCAGAAAGAGUGAGAGACAUAUGUUUGUGUUUGCGCGGCAUGAGCGCAGGUACAGCUGCUGCCUAAAGAGAUAGGAAAAAGUUUAAUUAAAAUAAAAAGGGUAGUUGAGUAAGAAGUGAGUAUGGAUGUUUUCAUCUGACAUGCAGGUUACAAAAAAUGAAAUAAAACAAAGGCUAAUGAUGUUGUAUUCUCUCCUACAGCUGAACUCCUUUGAGCAAAUGUGCAUCAACUACACCAAUGAGAAGCUGCAGCAGCUCUUCAACCACACCAUGUUCAUCCUGGAGCAGGAGGAGUACCAGAGGGAGGGCAUCGAGUGGAGCUUCAUCGACUUUGGCCUCGACCUGCAGCCCUGCAUCGACCUCAUUGAAAAGCCUGUAAGACAUCCUCCAGUUACUAUUAUUCCUCAUACAAAUAACUCAGAGUGUGGCUGGAGUUACAAUCCUUCUGCAGAAGUUACUAGAUCUAUUUGUGUUGUGAUACAAGUCAAGGCACGUAACUUGAUCAGCAGACUGACAUGCGUUUGUUGUUUUUGUUUUCUUUCAUCACUCAUCACAGGCUGGUCCUCCAGGCAUCUUGGCUCUGUUGGAUGAAGAGUGCUGGUUCCCCAAAGCCACAGACAAAUCGUUUGUGGAGAAGGUGGUCCAAGAGCAGGGCACGAACCCCAAGUUCCAGAAACCAAAGAAACUCAAGGAUGACGUCGACUUCUGCAUUAUCCACUAUGCUGGAAAGGUCAUUUGAUACUAGGAAUUUUUUAAAUUUUUUUAAAGCUCCUGUGAGAUUUUUCCAGAAGGUUGUGAAACACUGACAUCAAUACUGGUGCCUCUACAGGAUAUAAAACAGCAAACAAGACCAUCAAAAAAAGGACUGGCUGUUUUUAGCUAAAUUUUUUAUGGCAGGAGGCAGACCAAGUAAAUAACUGCACACUACUCAGAAAGACUUACAUGUGCAAAACAAAAUCAAACGAGUACUUUGUCAAUUUUGGGACAUCAAAACCAGCAUGAAUUGAAAGUUUUUCACAGGAGCUUGAGUCAUGUAUUUGCCUGAUAUUAUUAAAAAUGUUUAUUUCCAAUUAGAUAUCAUUCACCCCCCCCAGGGAACAAAAAAAUCUCACUGAAUCUGAACCUGCUGUUUUGGUCUGACAAAGAUUCACAGCGAUUUGAAUGCAGAAAUACUCAGAAAUGCGAUUUUGCACUUACUUUUCUCAUGAUAUGCCCUGUUGCAUCAGAAAAAUGCCAUAUGAACAUGUAGACAACAAGAAAAACUGGAUUUUUAUUGGAGUGGGACUCUUUCAAAUUGUUACUUGUGAAGAGUAAAAUUAUGUGCUUAAUUCAACAUCAUAUUUAGAUACACAAACAUACAUUGAUAUAAGACUCUGUUAAAUUUGUUAUUUCAUACAUUAUUAGAUCGAACUUUGCUGCAGAUUAGUUGUGCCUUAAAGUAACACUGUUUUAAAUGCUUUAUUACAAACCGAUCUCUCCUCUGUUACAGGUGGACUACAAAGCAGAUGAGUGGCUGAUGAAAAACAUGGACCCUCUGAACGAGUGCGUGGCCACUUUACUCAACCAAUCAGGAGACAAAUUCAUUAGUGAUCUGUGGAGAGACAGUGAGUUCUGUUGCUAAAUUCAUCUUAAACCUCAAAUUAAAUUGCAGAAUGAAUAUUUGCUUUGAGAGUCACAUUAUCUGUAAAUUAUGUAACGUCUUGAAAACAAUAUUUUCACUGUGAUGAAAUCAGACUAAUUGUGUUUUGUCGCUUGUAGUGGAUCGUAUUGUUGGCCUGGAUAAGGUUGCAGGAAUGUCUGACUCCAUGCACGGUGCAUUCAAAACCCGUAAGGGCAUGUUUCGCACUGUGGGUCAGCUGUACAAGGAACAACUGGGAAACCUCAUGACCACGCUAAGAAACACCAAUCCAAACUUUGUCCGCUGCAUCAUCCCAAACCACGAGAAGAAGGUACUCAACAGAGGUUCUAGACUAAGUAUAAGGCAGAGCACAGACACAUUUUAGUGGGAAUUUCAUGUGUGUUUCUCUCUCAGGCAGGUAAACUGGAGCCUCACCUGGUUCUGGAUCAGCUGAGGUGUAAUGGAGUCCUGGAGGGGAUUCGCAUCUGCAGACAGGGCUUCCCCAAUCGCAUCGUCUUCCAGGAGUUCAGACAGAGGUGAAAAAAACAGCUCGUACUUGUCUUUUUAGAAUACAGUAAUAAGUUAGUAAAUAAAUGCAUCUCUCUUUGACUACGCUAAGACUCACUGCCAUGAUUUAUUUCAUAAAACCUCAAGAAUCGCGUACAUGCACCACAUCUCCCUGCUCUAAAAAACCACCAAAACAACCCAAAAAUAACUCUUGAAAUUUUAACAGAAGACUGCAGGGAUAAGACUUUGACUCAUUUUGCAGUAACAGAAAAAUAACAGAUUACAUAAAGAGUCCAACCUCUCAAGUGGAUUUAUUUUGUCUUUCAGGUAUGAAAUCCUCACACCUAAUGCUAUACCAAAGGGUUUCAUGGAUGGGAAGCAAGCCUGUGUGCGCAUGGUAAGGAUAAGAGAGCAGACUUGGAAGGACAGCCAAUAUGGGGUCUGUUUCUUCCUCACUCUAAGCUCGAGGACUUAUCACUGACUCUGUCUCCUUCUGUCAGAUCCAAGCUCUGGAGCUGGACCAAAACCUGUACCGCAUCGGUCAGAGUAAAGUGUUCUUUAGAGCCGGAGUCCUUGCUCACCUGGAGGAGGAGCGAGACAUGAAGAUCACUGACGUCAUCAUCAGUUUCCAGGCCUGGUGCAGAGGAUAUCUGGCUCGCAAGUACGAACCAUUUACCCCGAUCAACCCUGGACACAUUUUAGGAGGCAACAUGUUCUCACGCUUCGGUUUUUGAUAUUAUGGAUAUAAAGCAAACCAAUGACAAGUUUGCUGUUGAUCUUAUUGUAGAGCCUUUGCCAAGAGACAGCAGCAGCUGACCGCCAUGAAGGUGAUGCAGAGGAACUGUGCUGCGUACCUCAAACUCAAAAACUGGCAGUGGUGGAGACUUUUCACCAAGGUAAGGGAAAAAUAAAGGUGACUAAAUCUGUCACUUUAUUUACUCAAAGGUUCAGACUUCAUGAUGCUAGAAUAAAUAAAAACUAGGGAUGCCAUAGACGCUGAGAGUUCCCAGAUUUAUAAACUGGACCCUGAUUCUGUCAGUUAAACAGGUUUGAUACUAGUAAUAUUACUGCAAAUUAUAAUGUUGUUAUCUAUGAUAAUGGAAAUAAUUAUGAUAAUCACAUUUCUUACCAAAACAAUUAUUUUAAUCUCGUCAUUAUCAUCAUCAAUAUUAUCUGUAUCAUUGUUACUCGACAACCAGCUGAAGUAGUUUCUGAGCUGCUUGUGUUGUUGUGCAGUGAAACAGGUGUAUUUAUCCUUUUUAUGGCAUUAAAUUGGCCAAAUGUCCAAAUAAAACAUUUAUGAUAAUCAUAUUUAAAUACUUUACAAAUUCAAAUAGGGUUCCUAUGUAAGUGUAGACAAAUGUGGAAAUAAAUAUGAUCAAUUUCCAGGUCUUAAAAGAAUGGGGAAAAAUAUUUACGUUUCCAGACUACACCACAGUUUUAAAAUAUUGUUUUCUAAAAUAGAAAAGUAGGUAUUUCCAAAAAUAACUCUUAAAAAGCAGGGUAUGGAAAUUCCAACCGUGUAGGAACCCUGUAACCUGAUUUAGGAAUAGACAAACCUUGGAUCAGUUUUUCAGUAACAUGCAUACAUUCACAUUUGAAUACAAUAUCAUCGUGAUCUCCACCAUCUUCACCACACUUAUUUGCAUCAUAUUUUUGGAUAUAAGAGUCAUUUUAUGUCUCUGCAGCACUUAGAACUGUUUUACUGAAAAAAAGGCUCCAUAACUCCACUUCAGAUUUUGGGUAACUUGUCCUACUUGUGUGUUUUUAUGUUUUGAUUCAAAUUCAGACAACUUUAUUAAUCCCUGAAGGGCAAUUCAUUUCACAGUUAACCCACCUUGUUAUUAAACAAUGGAACAGACAAAUGCCAGACAUCCACAGCAGCAUUUGGCCGAAACAUUCCCCUUUCAGCACCACAAAUCAGCAAUAAAUAAAUAUCAAAUACAUGUGCAAUUCGUGCAACAGUGGGUGACUAAAACGCAAUAAGAAAUAAUGCCAUAAAAGACGUAAAAUAAUAACUACAACAAUCUAGAUAUCCCAAUUUCAACAUGGGCCACCAAUCUGCUACUUCCCAGCAUUAAGCAGCCUGAUCCCUGAGGGGAUAAAUGAGUUAGGGUACCUAUUUGUUUUCUUGGGGGGGCAUAGUAGCGCCACCCAGAGGGCAUAAGAGAAAAGUCAGAGAAGAGAGUGUGUCCAGGCUGGUCCAUGAUUCUUCUGUCUUUCUGGAUCACUCGUGUCUCCCAGAGACAACUCAGGUCCAUCAGCUGUAUUUCCUCUAAUAAUUUUGGAGCAGACUUUUACUGUCUGGUCACUCCAUUUUUCAUCCCUUGGUAAUAUCGCAGUGAGUGACCAUGAGAGCUACACUCGCUUAACGAAUAAGUAAUGCUCACCUUAAUGUUCUGGCUCGUAUUUGCCUUUAAUUACUAGAUCUUUUUUUAUUUUUAGAUGUAUUUACACAUUUUAUCGGAACCAUUAUGGAAACACUGAUUUUAAUCGACCUUUUAAUUCUCGCCCAGGUGAAACCUCUCCUGCAGGUGACUCGGCAGGAGGAGGAGAUGCUGGCUAAAGAAGAGGAGCUGGUGAAGGUGAAGGAGAGACAAGUGAGAGCCGAGGAGCAGCUCAAAGAGUACGAGGCCAAACAGCAACAGGUAGGAGUCGUCACAGCAUAAAGGCUGUAAAACUAUGAAAGCAUCACUAUGUGGAGUUAUUUCACAAAAAAAAAAAAUAAUUUCAAGAAGUUGUGACUGAUGUAAUUGAGCAGUCUCUGUGGCGACUUUUUGUUAGCUGGCUGCAGAGAAGUCAGCUCUCCAAGAGCAGCUCCAGGCAGAGACCGAGCUCUGCGCUGAGGCUGAGGAGAUGAGAGCCCGUCUGACCACCAGGAAACAAGAGCUUGAGGACAUCCUUCAUGAUCUGGAGUCACGCCUGGAGGAGGAGGAAGAGAGGGUCACUCAGAUGCAUUCAGAAAGGAAGAAGAUGCAGCAGAACAUCACAGUCAGUAAAACAGUAGGACACAAAGUGAGAUUUGAUCAAGAAGAAAUCUAUUUCUAAACAUUGUAAAUCGUUUCUUUGGUUCAUGAAGGACCUGGAGCAGCAGUUGGAUGAGGAGGAAGCUACCCGACAGAAGCUUCAAAUGGAGAAAGUCACCACAGACGCCAAGAUGAAGAAGCUGGAGGAGGAUGUGAUGGUGUUGGACGACCAGAACAACAAGCUCUCAAAGGUCAGCUACAACGUGUUCACUCAGCCUAAUAUUUAACAGCAGUGAGCCUGCGGAAAAUUCCAAAAACUGAUUUAUUUAAUAUUAAUGCAACUGCAGGAGAAGAAGCAGCUGGAGGAGAGGAUCUCUGAGUUCACCACCAACCUGACUGAGGAGGAAGAGAAGUCCAAAAGUCUGCAGAAACUUAAGAACAAACAUGAAGCAAUGAUCACAGAUCUGGAGGGCAAGUAUUUGCUGCUGAGACUCUUAUUACGUUCUUGUUUUUCUUUUGUCUAACUGAAUUAUGUGAACAGUUGUAAAACUCAUUCUUUACAUUCAGCUAACGGGUUUGACUCAAGCUAUUCUCAGUCUGGAAUCCACUUUAAAAGUGACAUGCUGGACCAGGAAUCAAACAGAAGUCAGGAAUCAAAAAAGGACAUGCACGUUAUACAAAAAGCACCCAUGUAACUGAAAAGCACUGUGACGAUCUUGCAUAUGUUAUUAACAAUGCCUGAGGUAGAUCUGUAAAUCAAUGCAGUUCUUUAUCAAUUGAAUAUGUGUUUUUAUUCAAUGUUCUUUUUUAGACUCUUCACUCUGAAAUCCCCCAACCAGUCUUCAAAAUUUCAAAUACAUGAGCAUUAGGGGUGGGAAUCACGCUACAAUAUUAUCACGAUACUUGGGCCACGAUACGAUGUUAUCGCGAUUUUUAACAUUUUGUGUUACAGUGAGUAUUAUGAUACAAUAUAUUGAGAUUAAAUUAAUUUUUCAACUUUUUAGCUAAUUUAGCAUUUGUCUUUCCUUUAUGUUUUUCUUAUUUACACAGUAUUUCAUUUUCAUGUAGCACAUCUUGCAAAAAUAUUUUUGUUGCACUAACUUUCUCCUGGUCUAUGAUGUCACCUCUGCCAACCUCACUGGACAAACGGUUAAUUUUAUUUUUCCAUUAUCAUAGAUUUGACUUCAUAUUAGCAGUUAAAUUAAAAAAUCGAUACCUGGUAAAUGAGACGAUAUGAUAUAUCAACAGACCAAAUAUUGCAAUACUCUGCUGUAUCGAUUUUUUUCUUCCACCCCUAAUGAGCAUACACAGACAGUUUCAGGAUGUUUUAGACAUCUGUGUGUGGACCUCUGCCCAACCACAUCAUAACUGUAGCUUUAGAGUUCAACCAAGUACAAAAGUUUCUGGCUGAAAAUUAAAAGGCCAACAAUACGAUCCACUAGCAGCAACAAAACAAUAAGUUUUCCUGCCACACCAAAAUCAGUCUUAGGAGAGCAACCAACGUUUGUGAGCUUGUGUUUGUGCUUUUGUUUUUUUUUUUAUAAAUUUUUUAUCACCUCUGUAAAUAAUUACUCAUUAAUAGGUGAGUAAAUUCUGUUUUUUAUCUCUUUUUACUUACAGAUCGUCUGAGAAAAGAGGAGAAAGCGCGUCAGGAGUUGGAGAAAAAUCGCCGCAAACUCGAGGGUGACUCCACUGAGCUCACUGAUCAGAUCGCAGAGCUGCAGGCCCUGAUCGCUGAACUCAAAGCUCAGCUGUCCAAAAAAGAAGAAGAACUCUACGCUGCACUGGCCAGGUUUGUGGUAACUUUAAUUUUUGGGAUCUGAAUUCGUGUUGGGUGGGAUAUGUCUUCCCUCAGAUGCAGUCCACUCUCAAGUUUGGGAUUACACACGGAGACACCUUUGUGACAGUGUCCUUCCUUCUCUCCGUCUCACCCCAGAAUUGAAGAGGAGGCUGCAGCCAAGAAUGCGGCCCAAAAGAGGAUCAGGGAGCUGGAGGCUCAGAUCAAUGAGCUGCAGGAGGACCUGGAGAUGGAGAAGCAGGUGCGCACAAAGGCCGAGAGACAGCGCAGGGACCUGGGAGAGGAGCUAGAGGCACUGAAGACUGAGCUGGAGGACACUUUGGACUCGACUGCCGCACAGCAGGAGCUCAGGUAACAGUCGAGUUCACAGAAACCCCUCCACUGCUUCCUCCAGGAUGGACAAAUGUGUUUGUCUACUAAUAUCCCAGUUUUAUCUCAUUGUUCCAGAACCAAACGAGAGACAGAGGUCACCCAGCUGAAGAAGACUCUGGAGGAAGAGGCCAAGGUUCACGAGCAGCAGAUGUCAGAGAUGAGGCAUAAACACAAUCAGACCUUUGAGGAGCUGAAUGAACAGCUGGAACAGGCCAAAAGGGUAAUGAAACGAUGUGGUCAGUCAGUAGAGAAAGAUGCCAAUACCUGAACACCCAGUGACAUCUGUAACACAAGUAAUUCAAUCGUCUCCUGCAGAACAAAGCCUCAAUGGAGAAAUCAAAGCAGGCCUUGGAAAGUGAGUGGAACGAGCUGCAGAUCGAGAUGAAGACUUUGUCUCAAAGCAAAACUGAUUCUGAGCACCGCCGCAAAAAGGCUGAAUCCCAGGUUCAAGAACUUCAGGUCAAAUUUGGAGAGAGUGAGCGGCAGAGGCAGGAGGUUACCGACAAGCUGGCCAAGAUGCAGGUAGAGUACUAACCGAGUGGUCAGUGAAAUGAAGAAUAAGCACAAGUACCUUUUUUAUGGAUCAUGGUACAUAUUUUUCUUUAAAUCCGGUUUUUAGACUGAGCUGGAGAACGUCAACAGUCUUCUGAGUGAAGCAGAAGGGAAAAGCAUCAAAUCGAGCAAAGAUCUUUCUUCUACAGAGUCUCAGCUGCAGGACGCACAGGUAUGCAUGUUUACUGCCGCUAUUGCACUUGUCUUUUUGUAAAUCUCAAAACAAAACUCUCAGCCCUCGUAUUUUACUGAAUCCUCUUAGUCUGGGAUGAGAAGUAAAAGCAAACUAUUUCCUUAAAGUUUCACCAAACCCCAAUCUGAUCUGAAGACAGAGGAGAAAUCCACAUCUUUCUUCAACUUUUAAAGGAUCGCAAUGUCCCUUACUCCUAUAACUGCAAAAUUUAUCAAGGACAAAAGCUCCUGGUAACUUUAGAGGUGUCUUUGCCGUUCACAGUCUUCUGGUAAUUUUGGUUUCAUUCAUGGCGACAGUGACCGUUUAUGUGAAGUCACCAAAAUGCAAACAAAAAUAGACACAAACAGCAGAAGAGCGGAGGGAUUGAAAGAUAUCCACCUUUUUCAAACUCUAGGAGUUGCUCCAAGAGGAGACUCGCCAGAAGUUAUCCCUCUCCACCCGCCUGAGACAGAUGGAGGAUGAACAAAACAGCCUGCGAGAAAUGCUGGAGGAAGAGGAGGAAAGUAAGAAGAAUGUGGAGAAGCAGGUGUCCACUCUUCAGGCCCAGGUCGGUACACAGCAUCACCAAAAAACCUUUGUUUGAUUCACUUUCGAUCUUGUUACUGAACAGGGUUUCUUGGUGUAAAUCCACUCAAAUACUGAAAUUUCUCUCCUCUCAUCCCUCUCUCCCUUUCAUGUCUCCAGCUGGCAGAUUUGAAAAAGAAGCUGGACCAGGAGGCUUCAUCUCUGGAGGGGGCCGAGGAGGGCCGCAAGCGAGUCCAGCGAGAGAUGGACAGCAUCAUGCAGCAACUGGAGGAGAAAACAUCGGCCUACGACAAGCUGGACAAGACAAAAACCCGCUUACAGCAAGAGCUGGAUGACCUGGUGGUGGACCAGGACAACCUGAGGCAGAUCGUCUCCAACCUGGAGAGGAAGCAGAAGAAGUUUGACCAGGUAUCAUGUUGGAAUUGGAGUAAAAACAAAAACCUAAAAAAAGAGAGGUUGCUUGUUUUUAUUUGGAACGUUUGAUGAGCCUGUGUGUCACUUUACCAGGUGGAAUUUGCAGCUUUUUGUGCAACAGAGGACAGCAGAGUAAAAAGUUGCAGAGACGACAAUCAGAAGUGUCUUUUAUGUUGUUACCACAGUGUAGAUACAGAGCAAGACUAAGGUCAAUAAAAGUGGAUUGAAAGUAACAUGAAUGAUGUAGAAACUCUUGAACAAGAUUCUCAAACAAACUUAUAUGUACACUUUUUACUCUUGGAGUGAGUAAAACUAACAAUAGACUGCCCCUCUCGGUCUCUCCUCUUAGAUGCUGGCCGAAGAAAAGACCAUUUCCACUCAGUAUGCAGAGGAGCGGGACAAGGCUGAGGCUGAGGCCAGGGAGAAGGAGACUCGAGCCCUGACGCUGGCCCGUGAGUUGGAGACCAUGACUACCCUCAAAGACGAGCUGGACAGAACCAACAAGCUGCUGAAAGCGGAAAUGGAAGACCUGGUCUCCUCCAAGGAUGAUGUUGGCAAGAGUGUAAGAAAUCAGCCAUUAGAUUCACAACUGUAAAAAUGAAUUUACUCAGAUUACUUGUAUUUAGCUGUUGUAAUGAAACCACCUCGGCACAGGUUCACGAGCUUGAGCGGUCAAAGCGUGCGAUGGAGCAGCAGCUGGAGGAGAUGAGAGUCCAGCUGGAGGAGCUGGAGGAUGAGCUGCAGGCCACAGAGGACGCCAAACUGCGUCUGGAAGUCAACAUGCAGGCCAUGAAAGCCCAGUUUGACCGAGACCUGCAGGCCAGAGAUGAGCAGGGAGAGGACAGGAGGAAACAGCUGGUCAAACAGGUAGCAAAGAAAACGCCUACAUUGUCAGAUUUUUAAAAAUGUUUGCAAAAACUUUGAGUGAAAUUUCUACAUGUCAUCACAAACUAAAAAGCCCUUUCACUCUACUUUAGGUGCGUGAGAUGGAGGUGGAGCUGGAGGAUGAACGCAGGCAGCGUUCUCAAGCCCUGUCAGCGAAGAAGAAACUGGAGCUGGACCUGAGCGAGCUCGAACUGCAGAUCGAUGCUGCCAACAAGGGCCGGGAUGAGGCGCUCAAACAGCUGAAAAAACUCCAGGUAAACAGCCACACGCCAAAGAGACCUGCUGUGCUGAGUCAUCUGUUAAAAUUAGGAAAUCAGGGUACGGUCCCUUAAAAGCUCCUGCUCCUCCAAAAGUGGACAAGUAGUUGAGUGUCCUUCCAAAUUGAGGAGGUGUUGCUGUUUUGUUGUCGGGCGUCUCACUACAGCUCUUCUGUCUCCUUGUAUCCUCCAGGCCCUGAUGAAAGAGCAGAUGAGAGAGCUGGAUGAGCUGCGUCUGUCAAGAGAUGAAGCCGUCAACGGAGCCAAAGAAACUGAGAGGAAGCUGAAGACCAUGGAGGCAGAUGCUCUGCGCUUCCAGGAGGUAUGACUUAAAAAAAACAAGGUUUGGAUCAUUUUUAAGAGCCAUAAACUGCUGAUAUUUAGGUUUUCAGGUUUGAGAUUACAGGCUGAUGUGGAAGUGAAAAAAAUCCCCCAAAACUGUCAGUACAAUUAAUCAGAUCUUUUCCAUUACACAAUAAAUAGCAGAUAUGUUCAUUUCCAAUAUUAAAGAGCAAAAAGUGACGUUAAUAUUUAUAUGAAACUAUUUUAUAGUGCACAGCAUGAUCAUUUAUUCUCACAUUGCCAUCUACAACCCCAAUUCUGUAACACCUGGUACACUGUUAAAUGUUUUAGUAGAAAAAAAGUAGUUGAGAAACAAUUUAAAGCCUAUUUUUGAUUGAAAAUAAACAUCUGAACAUCUUUAGGCUUUUUUUAGGGAAGACCUUACAUAAUACAGCAAAAAAAAAUGUUGAACAACAUGUGGCACAAUAUCAUGGCUCCACAGAAGAAAGGGCCAGGUGCGAAACCUGGUCCUCAAACAUGUGUGUUGUUAAAAGAGGAGGUGAUAAAACACAAUAGUAAACAAGCCCAUGUCUAAACUCUUUGAGAGAUGCUGCUGGCAUCAAAUUUAAAUGAGGGUAUCAAUUUUUCAGUUUCAACAUUGAACCUGUUAUGAUUGGACUCUUUUUUUAACGGAAGCGUAUUGCCUUCACCAAAAAUAAAAAUUAAAAAAAUCUGUUUUUCAGACUAAUUUUUCAGUUUUUUAGACUGUUUUUGUUUUUCGGACAAAUAGAUUUUCCUAUUCUCCUAUUCCUAUUCCUAUUCUAUGGUUAACAUUAUCUGAUUGUAUGUGAUUCUCGCAGGAUUUAGAAGUAUCUCGUUUAGUCAGGAAAGAAAUAUUCCGAAAAACAGAAAGACAAAAAAAAUGUACGAAAAACUGAAAAAAAAAGUCCAAAAGACAGCUAAAUAAAUAAAUUAUAUAAAAAAAAACAGUUUCCUUUUUUUGUAAGUGAAUGCAAUACACUUCUGUACUUUUCAAUAAAAUAUUAUGCAACUAUUUAAUUCUGUUUUAUAAAGGCUUAAGGAAACAGGGUUUGUAUAAUUUACCUCAUGUAACAAUCGUUAUUUACUUGCACCUUUUUCUUUCAGGAUCUGGCCACUGCAGAAAGACUUAAGAGACAAACCCAGUCAGAGAGAGACGAGCUCCAGGACGAGGUCAACAACAGCAACACCAAGAAGUAGGAAAUCACUGUCACAACUGAGCGUAUUAGUAUAUUAGUUUAUACAAGAAUGCAUGCGAGUUUACUUUAAAUGGCAAAAGUUCAUUUUCUACACUCUUCCUUUCCUCUUCUUCGCUCGUUGCUGCUAGUUCUCUGCUGGCGGAUGAGAAGAGGAGACUGGAGGCUCGCAUCAACCAGCUGGAGGAGGAGCUGGAGGAGGAACAAGUCAGCACUGAGAUGCUCAAUGAUCGUCUAAAGAGAACAACUCUGCAGGUGAGCAGGGUCAAAUAUCUUCAUCCUAGCAGCUGGAAUUUCACAAAGAAAUGUUUGGUUAAUGACAGGAGAUGAAGCAAAUGGGAUAAAAACCAAGUGAGACUGAAAUCACAGCUGUAUGGUGUUGUCUAAUGAAACCUCCUCUGUGUGUGUUUAACAUCAGACUGAUCAGUUGACCACAGAGCUGGGUGCAGAGCGCAGCACCUCCCAGCGGUUGGAGGGGGCUCGCUCACAGCUGGAUCGCCAGAACAAAGAUCUGAAACUGAAGCUGCAGGAGCUGGAGGGAACCAUCAAGUCCAAGUACAAAUCCUCUAUCUCUACACUGGAGGCCAAGAUCGCCCAACUGGAGGAACAGCUUGACAUUGAGUCAAAGUGAGUGCAACUGACACUUAAAAGUUGGAUCCCAUCAGUGAAAUGAAAGAUGCACCAAAUCUUUGGUACCGAUAGAGUUUGUAGUUAAUCUGUGAGUUCCUGUGUUUAGAAAACGUUGUCCAAAAAAGUCAAUCAAUUUAUCCAGAAUUCUGAAACCUGUUCAUCUAACUCGGGCAACUUGUUAGUUUGUUGUCUCAGAGUCUUGACACCUCACUGAUUCCUUGCCGUGUUUUUAUUCCUCUCAUUUCAGGGAGCGCCAGCAAGCCUCUCGUCUGGCUAGGCGAACAGAGAAGAAGCUGAAGGAGGUGCUGCUGCAGGUUGAAGACGAGAGACGCAACACCGAGCAAUACAAGGACCAGGUCAGCUUCGUCACAAGUCAACUUUGAAAUUCCUGUUUUGUUGUUUGUUCCUGACUUGAAUCUUUGUGGAUCUGCUCGCAUACAGGCGGAGAAGACCAACAGCCGAAUGCGUCAGCUGAAGCGGCAGCUGGAGGAGGCCGAGGAGGAGGUGACACGAGCCAACGCCUAUCGCAGGAAGCUGCAGAGAGAGCUGGAUGAUGCUGCCGAGUCAGCAGAUGCUAUGAACCGUGAAGUCAGCUCUCUGAAGAGCAAGCUCAGGUAGAGACCUCUGAAAUUUGUUGAAGGUGUUUUUUUUUUUAGAGAUGUUGUUGGUAGUGGAGGCACCAAGUUCAGAUACAGAAAACAGCUAUGUUAAUUUGUAAUAAUACACUUACCUUAAAUGGUUGACUCAAGGUUUGAAUAACUUUUGAUGGUGCCAAUUCCAAAUACACAAUGAAUAAGUCUGUCUCACUUGUGAUAAGUAAUUGAGGAUCCUCUGAUUGCAUUUGAACCAUUCUGUGUUUCGUAGACGCGGGGAUUUACCUUUCAACAUCCGACGUACAAUGAACCGCUCAGGUCUGGACAGCGAUGAGGAGGUGGAAACGCCAACUGAAGCACCAGAACCUGCAGCUGAGUGAACAGAGGAGAGCAAAGAGGCAUGGAUUACAACGACCGCUGUCACCAUGCAGAUACAGUUCAACAUUAGCCAAGCAAGCCAUCAAAUAAGACACUUUACUCUGGAGGAUUAAGCCUUGUUUGUCCUCAACAAUCAUCUUAUAGCCUUACUGCUUUCCUUUUAUACCGAUCAAUACAUUUAUAGAUGGCCAAAUGUUCAUCUCAGUCAAUUUGAGUGUCGUUUUGCUAAAAAGGUUGUACACACUCUUUGUGCUCUAUUUUUUUACUUAAUGGGUAUGUAAUAUCUCAAAACAUUGCUCUUGUAAGAAGCCAUUUUAUAUGUACUUAUGGUUUAUAUGCUGUUACUGAACCAAUUUGGGGGGAAACACUGUACGUGUUAUGCUUGUUUUGCACACAGACAUCGGUCUUCUUAAAGUUUUGAUGCAGUUGUGUUUGCUCUUGUCAAUAUGAAUUUGAGUAUUUGUUCUGAACACUCUAUCUUUGGCUUGCUUUCAUGCUGUUACCUCAACCAGUUUUGCACAAUGCCAACACACACAAAAAAACACAAAGUAAGUUGAUGAGUUGAAAUGGUAACAUUUGGUGAAUAAGUUGGUACAAUGCUGUACCAUCACUGUCGGUGUCUUGGUUGAUAGUUCAUUUCCGACUGUCUUUAUUGGUUACACUUAUGAUUGUAUGUGGUGGUGGGUCAUCAUUUAAUAGAUCUUUGCUUUGUGCCAUGCUUUGCAUAGCAUAUAUGGUUUACUUUAGCACAUUAGCCUCUGAAUUUCUUCCCAGAGUUGAAUCCCUUAUUGUUUGAGUAUUAUACCAUGUAUUAGCAAAUGCAUUACAUGCCAUAUUAUUGUCAUUUGAUAAUGUUCCUCCAUUUUAACAAAUGCCUUAAUGCAAUAAAUUGGAAAAACGUAA